AUUCUGGGAUAGAUUCUGGCGUUCCUGGGCGGCCCUUAAGGUACUAGAGUUAAACUUCCCAGCAGGCAGAGCGCUCGCCUGGGACUCGAGCCAAGAUGGCGGGCCGUGAGAGUCCGCCACCGGCUGCCGCGUCCACAGCUCCGAUUUCUUUCGGUUUCACUCGCACAUCUGUCCGGAGGCGACUGGCAGACCUCGGAGACAGCGAAGGACAGGCCCCAGAGAAGAAAGAUUUCUUGGCGACUGUGGAAGGGAGGGAGCUGCAGAGUGUGAACCCUCCAGAAGCUCCAAAGGAGCUGGUUAUCCCAUUGAUCCAGAAUGGCUCUCGCAGGCAACUGCUGUCCAAGAACCCUAAGCCCUCAGAAACAAGCACCGUGUUGACGUCAGAUGGUGUGUUGUCCCAGGCUGUGAAGGAACUCAUUGAGGAAUCCAAGAAGUCUCUGGAGGAGAGGGAGAAUGCAGGUGUUGACCCCACGCUCACUAUCCCCAUGAUCCAGAAAGGAUGUACUCCCAUUGGGGAAGGAACAUACAGCGAACCUCAGGCUGAGACAGUGCCGGAAGAAGCCGACUAUGAGGCAGUGCCUGUGGAGGCCUAUGGGCUGGCCAUGUUGCGGGGCAUGGGCUGGAAACCUGGCAAGGGCAUCGGCAAUACAUUCAGUCAGGUAGUGAAGCCCCGAGUCAACUCUAUAAGGCCAAAGGGCUUAGGGCUGGGUGCCAACCUGAUGGAGACUCAGGCCUUGGCCUCCACUGGCUCUCACCACCCACCAAGACCAGAUGGGGAUCGUGAGAAGGAUAAGGAAGGCCAACCUCAAGGGCUGAUGCAUGGAGGAGCUGUGGUGGUCCUUUCUGGCCCUUACCGGGGCCUCUAUGGGAAGGUAGAAGGCCUAGAUCCUGACAAUGUACGAGCCAUGGUUCGGCUGGCAGUAGGCAACCGCGUUGUGAAUGUUAGUGAGUAUUGCCUGCGGCCUGUUUCCCAGCAGGAGUUUGAUAGCCACACGUCGAAGCCAGGCCAUGUGAGCAAAACUUCCACAGAGCAGCAGCACAGAGCAACUGGAACAGCCUCAUCAGUGAAGGCCCUACAGAAUCAGGAAGACUCAAAGAGGAGGCAGAAGGAUUCAGAGAAGAAGCGGAAACACUCUCCUGACCGACGGGAUGGACCUGUGCCCAAGACUGAGAAAGCGGCGCCUAGAAACAAGCACUGGUUACACAGGGACCUACGUGUGCGGUUCAUUGACAAAGUGCACAAGGGUGGCCGCUAUUAUAACACCAAGAUGACAAUUGAAGAUGUCCUGAGCCCAGGUACUUGUGUGUGUCGGACGGAUGAAGGCCGAGUUCUAGAAGGUGUGAAAGAAGGCAUGCUGGAGACCCUGGUUCCCAGGGGAGAGGGCCACCGCGUGAUGGUGGUACUGGGACCACAUGCUGGAAAGGUGGGACUUCUUCUGCGUCGGGACAGAGCACAGAGUCACGCUAUGGUCCAGCUUGGGAGAGAGAAUCAGGUGGUGGAGCUCCACUAUGAUGCCAUCUGCCAGUACAUGGGCCCCGGUGACUCAGAUGAAGACUGACACAUGGACCAUUGCCCGUCACUCAGGCUGUCACUACUUUUGUUACAAUUUAUAACAUGCCAGAGGAAGAUGGGAAAUAAUUGUUUGAGAUGCAAAGAUGGGGAUGUGACUAGAUAGAACAGGCUAUUUACCAAAAUUUAGAGCAUAAUAAAAACCAUUUUCAAUGGUGAAAGGUUGAAAUCAAAACCAGUAUGUGAACUGUAAAUUUGGGUGGGAACUGAGAUAACAGAAGUAGAAAUACUUCGUUUCUUAACCUCAUUUCCCUGCUGAAGGUGCAGGGCAAGUUAGAUUACCCACUCAAUACAUAGCUCACCCUUGGAACUUAAGAACUAUGAAGUCUAUCCCCAAACACUAUCGAAUCUGCAAUGCCACAUCUCAGAACAACUUCCUGAGUUUGGGUCUUGAAUGGCCUUCAAAGGCCCAUAUCUUUUUUUUAUAAGAUUUAUUGUAUGUUGCUGUUGUUGUUGUUGUUGUUGUUGUUGUUGUUGCUUUAUGAGAGAGAGAGAGAGAGAGAGAGAGAGAGAGAGAGAGAGAGACUGUGAAUAUAAAUGAAUGCUUUCAGAGACCAUGAGUGUUGAGUUCCCCUAGAGUCGAAGUUAUAGGCAAUUGCAAGCUGCCUAGCAUGGGUGCUAGGAACCAAACUGAGGUCCUUUGGAAGCGCAGUAAGCACUCUUAACCACUGAGCUACCUCCCCAGCUCAUAUGCCACAUGGUAAAGGAUUUGUGCUCAAGACUGUACUACUAGCAUAUACUUUUGACCUUUGAAAAAUAAAGGCCUGGGGGAGAUUACUUAGGUCAUGACUUAGAACCUCUAAAACUGAUCCAAAUAAUACCUUUCCUCCUUAUAAUUUAAUUACGGCUGGAAGUUUGUCAGAGGAAGGGGAAAGUAACUCUUAUUCCCAUUGACAACUCUAGUAGGAACAUCUGUUUCAUCCUUGAUCCAGGGAAGACCUCCAGGAUUGUCCCCGAGCUGAUGAUGCACUGAAGAGAAAGGGAUACUUCUGCCCACGAAUAUGAUGGGUUAGUUCCAGUUUCCAAAGGAGCUAGUCACUUUAGUCCAGAACACUGCUCAGGUUAAAGGUAUUUCUGACUUAUGCAGUUUCUCUGCUUACCCUAGGUACAUUCUUAAAAAAGAAAAAAAGGGGGUUGGGGAUUUAGGUCAGUGGUAGAGCGCUUGCCUAGCAAACACAAGGCCCUGGGUUCGGUCCCCAGCUCCGAAAAAAAAAAAAGGUUAUUGUUGAGAAUCCUGAACCUUUUUCCUGUUCAAUGGUUAGAGAAGAAAAGUCAGAGACUUAGACACAAUUGUUUCUAAAUCAUCUCUAAAUCAUAUACAUACAGAUGGAUGAUACUUGACUUAGAUCUGGGCCACAGGUAAAAAGUUACCUAACUUGUCAGACUGUGGCACACACUAAAAACACUGAAAAGAAUCGAAACACUGCAGAACAGGAUGGUACUGGUAAAUGUGGCUAUUGCUGGAGCUCAGUAUUGGUACAUUUGCCUAGCAUAUGUAAAUCCCUGGGUUCCACAUUAGGGGGCGGGGGAGGAAAUUGCUGUCUCUGUUGAACAAGGCAAACUGAACUCUCUGGUCAAAAUGAACAGACAGAAAGAUGUGAGUCACACCGAGUGCAGUGGCCCAUGUCAGGAAUCUAGCACUUGAGAAGCUGAGACAGGAAAGUCUGAGCUUCACUGCCCUUUCAUCAAAACCUAAAAGGAAAUGUGCUAAGUGUAGUAGCACACACCUUUGAUCCUAGCACUCAGGAGACAGAAGUAGGCAGACCUCCAUAAGUGCAAAGCCAGCCUGGUUUACACAAGCUCCGGUCCAGCCAGAACUCAUUGGAAGAACCUGUCUCAAAGAAGAAAUAGGAAUGUGUGGCUUUUUUCCUUCCUCUUGUCCCUUUUAUGUCUCUCUCUUACCUAAUUGCUACAUCUAAGACUUUGAUACUGUAUCACAUAAGAUAGGGGAGAGUGGACAUCUUGUUACUGAUUUCAGAGAAAAUGCUCAGUGUGUCUAUAUAUAAUAUAAUGUUGGCUAUAGAUUUAUUGUAUAUAGCCAUUAUUAUUUUGACAUAUUUCCAUGUAUUCCAACAGUUUCCAGAGCUUUUAUCACAAAAAUAUGUUGAACUUUGUAAAUGGGUUUUCAGCAUUCACUGAACUAAUUCAUGCUUUUCUGUUCGUGAGUUUGUUUAUAUGCUGUAUUCCAUUUGCUGAUUUAUGUAAGUUGAAACACCUUUGCCUUUUGGGAAUGAUGCGUACUUGGUCAUAAUGUGUAAUCUUCCUAAUAUAUUCCUAGAUUCAGUUUGUAAGCAUUUUGUUAGGAAUUUUUUUAACGUAACAUUUUUAUUAACUCUGCAGGAAUUUCACAUUAUGCACCCUGAUCACACUUCCCAGUCCUUCCAUGUCGUCCCCCACCCUACUUUGUGACCUCCCCACCAAAACAAGUUAAAAUAAAAAAAAUAAUAACUAAAAAUUAGAAAAU